AUGCCUGUUGAUCCUACCGUCUUGCACUCGAGUACACGAAGCCAGGAAAACCCUAUAUCUCACGUCGAAUGCAAGCACGAAUUUAUAUCAAUUGCCAAGCUGCCCACUGAGCUCCUUGAGGAGGUCUUCCUGGCGUUCGCCCGUGAUGGUCGUCAUAGUCCAGUCGUCCUGGCCCAGGUUUGUCGCCUUUGGAGGGAAAUCGCUUAUGACUUAGGGUGUCUUUGGCGACACAUUGAUCUACAACUGCCCGAGCAAGCGAAACACCAUUUGAUACACUCGCAGUGGCAGACACUCGAGGUCGUAUGGCUCAAUCGGAGCUAUGGUCCUGGGGCACGCCAGUACGACUAUCGCGAGUGGCUAUGGACCCAUUCUCAUCGCUUUGCGACACUGAGCCUUGUACACACGUCCAAAAUACUUUCGAUGAUCUUCUGCGACAUGUCGCCCUACCUUCCGGAACUCGUGGAUCUGACAGUCAUAGGCCAAGACAUCGCUAUGCACCUGCGCGUCCCCAUCGGGAUCCAGGCCAGUAUGCCGCAGCUGCAGAAUCUCAAUCUCUCGAGUUUAAAGGUAGCUGCCGACGACCUCAUUCAACUAUUGGGCAGAUGCUCGGCUUUGAAGAAAAUAGAGCUUAUCGGCAUCACUCUGGGUUUUACCAGCGUAGAAUUUGACCAUCUCCUUGGCGAGCCGUCAGUCACCCUCCCUAAACUCAAUGAAAUGAGUCUCGUUUCGCUGCAUUCAAAUUCCCAGUGCUUCAUCGUCAGCCGGCUCAAUCUUCCGCCCCGGUCCUCUCUCCGGGUCACAGGAACUAUGAGUGACCUUCAUCUGGAUGCCGUCUUGCAUCGCGACAUCUUUUCGCUCUUGCAGCCAUGCUUCACAAUGAUAACACUUGGUGAUUAUUCGGUGGUGCUCUCCGAGGCGCGAAACGACAAAGGAUGUGCGGUGACGCUGGAACUUCUUGUAUCCCUCGACCACGGCUGGGAUGGCACUGUGAUUCUUCCUCUACACGUUGGGGAUUUGUCUUCAGUGCGAAUCUUAGAAUUCGCUGGACCUGUGCAGCAAGCUCGGUUCGACUGGCGAGCGUUAGUUGACCGUGCUCGUGCGCUUGAGGCCGUCUGGCUUCAAGACGAGAAUGGGGCACGUGCUGAGAUGGGUGUCGAGGAAUAUCGAACUAGGUACGCAGAUCUUGCAUGUUCCGGUGAGCGCAUACUCGAUUAA